UUUCAACCCCAAAAUGUUUUACACUUUCACUUUUAACAGGUCUGUUGGGGCCUGUCAUUGUGCACUAUAUUUAUUCACUAUGGAGGAAAGUAUUGUCAAGUAUCAUCAAAUUAAGGCAUCUCAAACAGCCGCUAUGGACUUGACACAGCACUACAGAUAUUCUCUGGCCUGCGUUACGGCCAUUAGACAAGACGAUCUAAUGAGCUUCAAAUCUGUGAAAUUAUUAAUCAUUCGACACAGCCACAUUCUCCAGCUGUUUUCAUGCUAGGUUCUAAACUUCAUCGUAGGUCACCGGGGUGUAGAUCACACUCAGAGCAGUGGGUGGGCUGGAAAGGUCUUCUGCAGUAGAAAGAAAAACUUCAGUGAUAGGUGGGUGACUUUUUUUAGCUAGUCAAUGAGCAGGGAGGUUUGAAGGCCAGCUAGGGGGCACUUGCAGCCAGAGCAGGUCAUUGCCAUGCUCUGCUCCCACGUACCAGGGCUACUGGUGAAAAGAUUCGUGCUAGCUUCGCCAGAGCUAGCAUUGAAAAACUGGCAGGAUGGCGGGUACGGUGCUAGUGACUUGGGCUAGUGCCCUGAGCUCAGACCCGGGGGAAGGCAGGCAGGCUUGGACUUGAGUUGCUAGCCUGAGACAACAUCCAUGCUGCUAUAUUUAGGGUGCUAAGGGAGGGCAAGUCUGUUUAGCUACACAUAUAAUGAAACAACUGCCCCAAGGCAAAUAAUAAAUAAUAAAAACACCAACUUCCCGCCCCUUGGACCAUGCAGUUAAAACAGGCCAGAGAAGUUUGAUUUCAAACGUUGGGAAAUGCUGUCUCCCACCCCCAACACACACACACACAGAGAAAAAGUUGAUGGGAAGUGAUUUUUUCCACCAUUUUUAUCAACAUUUUCAGUGGAAACUUUCCUCUUCUUGAGCAACCUCCCCACACAAAAUCUUCCCCUGCCCCGCCCCCAGUUGCAACCUUUUCUUUUCGGGUGGGGGAUUUUUUGUUGGGGAACGAACUUUCCAAACUUUUCGAGGAAAGCGGCUGCUUUCUACCCAAAAAUAAAAAUUCAUGGUAGUGAAAACAUUGUGAUGGAAACCUGUCCACCCACCCUCUUUUCGAGCUCAUUUCCACCUCUUGAGCUAAAAUAGCUACACAGGCUUUGGACAGUUGGCUGCUGUGGGAAGCCUCCUCAAAGACCAUUUGUUCUCCAAGCACAGACAAAAGCAGAGGGGCAGGAUCUAGACACAGGCCCAUUUGCACUGGCUCUGUAUGGCUCCGGAUUGGCAUUUGCUGCCUAACUGAGUUAGGAUCUGCAUUGAAUCGGAGUCGAGUCGAGCAGCCAACUCUCCUGGCAGUUUUGAAAAGAGCAGCAGGGGCAGAAGGUACAAAUUAUUCAGCCAUUCGCCAAAGCCCACGCGGUGGUUGGAAGGUGGCAGGUUUCAACCAACACAAUAUUUCCUGGUGGAGGCGUGUUCAUGUUAGCUCACACACAGCUAGGACGGUGCCUUCACACACAGCUGUUGCCCUUGCCUGCCAUGGCUGAUGGAGAAGUCUACAAUUAUGUAAACCUCUCGGCAGGCUCUCUGCCCAGCGACAUGUCAGCCCCGGCUCAGCAUCACACUUGUCCGCAAUGUCCGCUUUGGCAUCGGGUCAGCUGCGCCGGGAACUUCGUCCUGCUGGGAGCUGUGAUAGUGCUGGUGGUCCUGGUUUGCCAGCGCCCAUCCCAGAAUCGCCACACGGCAGCCGUCCCGCAGACCGCUCAGAAGAGCGAUUCCUGUGAGAUAAAUCGAAACACAACAGUGUACAACUGUACAUUGGAGGAUUUCCGAUCUUACCUGAAGCAAAACUUGUGUGAGGUGGAAAACAGCUCAGCAGAGGGCUCCGAGUGCAAACUCUGCCCCAGGCACUGGGUGCCACACAGGGACAAGUGCUACUGGCUGUCUGAAGAGAAUCAAUACUGGAGCAGGGGCCGUGAUGACUGCUCACGGAGGGGAUCUCAACUGCUAGUGAUCCAGGACCAGGAGGAGCUGGAGUUCAUACAGAAUACUACAAGAAAUCAAAAUCCGAUGUGGAUUGGACUCAACAUCACAUCCCCAGGGAGGAAGUGGACCUGGAUGGAUGGUUCCCCAUUAAAUCAAACACGAUUCACGGUAUUGGGUUCUGCUGAAGAGAACAGCUGUGCUGCAGUAAAGAAGAAUCGGAUCCAGUCUGAAAUCUGCACCACUGACUAUAAAUGGAUUUGCCAAAAGGAAGCUGUGCUAAUUUAACCGGGUGGAUUGGUGACCUCUGUUUGAAUAGGUGGAAUGCAAAACAUCUAGUGUAUUUGUCUUUAUUACCACUAACAAAUUUUCAGGUAGGGGAAAUCUGGGCCGCUCCAUUAAAGUCAGUGGAGCAAGAAUGAUUCACAUCAGCCUGGGAUCUAGGCUCACUGAUUCAAAUGGAGUUAUGGCUGCUUUCAACCAGCUGGGGGUCUGGCCACAUUGACUCCAAUGGAGCUCCCCCCGAUUUAUACCAGCUGGGGAUCUGGUCCUUUGGAAGGGUUCUAGAUUUACAAAAUUAUAAAAACACUUGGCAUCUAAAAUUGUUUUCAGUGUAUAAAAAUUAAUUGAUUCCUGGGACAUCAUUAUGUGCAUUAUGGUAGCGCUCAGAUCAGGGCCCCAUGGUGCCGGGCGCUGCCCAGACACACAGCCACAGACAGUCCCUGCCCCAGCUGAGAUCAGAGCCCCAUUGUGCCGGGCGCUGCACAGACACAGUAUGAGAUACUCCAUGUCCCAGAGAAUUUACAAUCAGAGUCUGAGAUUCCAAGGCCCCUGAGGGUGUCAGGUGUUCAAAUCCCAAUGAAAUUCAACUCUUAGGCUCCUCUGAAAAUCAAAGCCUAACUGGACAGAGCAAACAUUACUAUCUACAUUUAAUAAAUGGGGAAUUGAGGC